UUUUUGGUAUCACUCACUCUAUAUCUCUCUUUUCAUAAUUUCCCGACCACCGCAUCAGAUCACCGCCGCCGCCGUCGUUGGCUUGAGCUCGCCGUCCUUUUUUCAGGUUUCUAGAAUUUUUCAUUUGGAAGCUGCAGUUGAUUUCAUUUUAUGGACUCAGCUGUCUUUACAAUCACCAGAAUACUACUGUAGUGUUGGGUCAUGAUGCUCUAAUAUUGCUUCUCUCAGCACGCUUGUGUGUCGUAAAAAAGAGAAUUAACAUGCUAGCAGCUACUCAGUUCCACCCUGUUAUCAAUGCCUCCAAAAGGGGAAGCUUUAUUAAUGUAAGAAAUCCUGCAAAAUUUGCAUCCAUUCGCUUCCGGUACCUUGGCAGGAGAGUUGGUUUUGCUGAAGGAGCUAAGACCUUGAAGCUUUUAUCUUCGAUUCAAAAGAGGGAUCAUAGUUUUGUUCUGAACGCAGAUGGCCACGCAAGUGUCUCCAUAUCGGAAGAAGAAGAAGAAGAAACAAGUGAAGUAUCUGUAUUGAAUCUUGAGUCGAAUACAUUCUUGAGCAACUGGUCACCUCCUCGCUACUUAUGGAGAGGAUUAACCGUUCUGAUUUUGGCGGGGCAGGUGGUUGUUAGAACUGUUAAGGGAAAGAUUCACUGGAAAAACACUCUUCAGCAGCUCGAAAGAGUUGGACCUAAAUCAGUGGGCGUCUGUCUCCUCACAGCCGCUUUUGUUGGCAUGGCCUUCACUAUCCAGUUCGUGAGGGAAUUCACCCGACUCGGGCUGAACAGAUCCAUCGGUGGGGUUCUGGCCCUCGCUUUCUCAAGGGAGCUGAGUCCCGUGGUCACAUCAAUCGUCGUUGCUGGGCGUAUAGGAAGCGCCUUCGCUGCAGAGCUGGGGACGAUGCAAGUCUCAGAGCAAACCGACACACUAAGAGUUCUCGGUGCGAAUCCCGUUGAUUAUCUCGUGACGCCGAGAGUACUAGCUUCGUGCAUCGCUCUCCCCUUGCUAACGCUGAUGUGCUUCACCCUAGGGAUGGCGUCGAGCGCCUUCCUAGCUGACAGCGUCUACGGCAUCAGCAUCAACAUAAUCUUGGAUUCCGCGCAGAGAGCUCUCCGAGGGUGGGACAUAAUCAGUGCAAUGAUCAAGUCAGCGGUGUUUGGCUUGAUAAUAUCGAUCGUGAGCUGCGCGUGGGGAGUCACCACCAUGGGAGGUGCGAAGGGAGUCGGAGAAUCAACGACAUCGGCUGUCGUCGUCUCCCUUGUCGGGAUUUUCAUUGCGGAUUUCGCGCUCUCUUGCUGCUUUUUCCAGGGAGCUGGAGAUACGCUCAAGAAUUGUAUGUAAAUUCAUAGUCACUAUAGCUUUUUACUAGACAAAAACUUGAAUUAUACUGCUAUAUUUUGUGUAGAAGCCUUUCUUCUAUAUUCUAGUGAUUUUUUUGCUGCUUUUA